AAACAUCUCUGACACGUUGCCACCCGCAAACUUCUAAAUUUACAUAUACUACUCCAUCGUGCGGCAGAGUUAGGUGACAGAAUCACGCCAGGGCUCGGCCGUUGGCAAGAAUCGUGCCCUCCAGGAAGAGUGUCUCGAAAUCCCCAGAACCAACGCCAAGCUAUCAUACAUAAGGUACCUGGAGUCUGUCUCGCUUUCCCGGACAUUCAAGUGCAGCGAGGCUUAGGCUUUUGCCUUAAGAGUCAAUUCACACCUUAACCAUUGAUUUGUACUACGCACGAUCGUUAUGAACCCCUCCAUUGAAUCGACUAGCGGUGGCUCGAUACGCGAGCGAAUGGCAAUGCUACAGCUAAAUCAAGUCAGGCGCAACGCCUCAACGCCGCCUACAAGAGUGGGACCGCCCGCACCCCCACCUCUUCCCCAGAAGAGAGUCCCACCUCCGCUCCCCACAAGAAAGAUGAGUCGUUCAUCGCUGGCCAGCUGCUCCAGCUCCAGCUCCAGCUCUGGUUCGGACGGGGGCAGCAUCACUACUAUUGGGUCUAACCCUCCGGGGAGGUCGCUCCCACCACCUUACACUGGCGAGGAAUCUCUACCCGUACAAUUUGCAGAGAAACCAAAGGUCCACGAACAAUUGACAAAAACCCCGCCUUCGCUCCCGGCAAGGUCGAAGACAGCCCCUGUGCUUCCUCCACGAGGUUUACCACCUCCUCCCCGAGGUCCACCACUACCUUCUAGGGCUAAUAUGAGCCCAACGCGAAACCAGGAACGACCCCAACCAAUCCCUCGACGAUUGCCUCCGCCACCCUCGAGUUCCGUCCCCCCUCUCCCAAACCGACUGAAGCACCCCGCCGAAUCUCAUCCGGAACCUAUCAGCUCCCGUAGCCCACCACCAAUCCCCAGGUCGACCCGCCCACCACCGGUGCCCCUCUCUACUCGCCCAGAUCUGAGUUCUUGUCUCUCCCCUGCUAGGCCAUGCCUUGUUUGUUACGACUUUUCAGGGCCGGACAAGCACGCGUCACUACCUCAAUUCGAGAGGACUCGUGUGGGAUCAUUGCAGCAGCUAGCGAUCGGCUUAAUAAGCCCUUUUUCAAGCACGCUGGAUAGGGCAAGGACAAUAUUCACGUGGUUACACUACAAUGUUUCCUACGAUGUUCAUGGUUUUCUCAAUGGGAAAAUGGCAUCUCAGGACCCCGAGGGAGUGCUCCAGAGUGGAACAGCCGUGUGCGCCGGAUAUGCUGGAUUGUUUAACAAACUUGCUACCUAUGCGGGGUUGGAAUCAAAGGUGGUCUCGGGUCAUGGAAAGGGCUACGGGUUUAGUCCUGGAGAGCCCUAUAAAACGAACCAUGCCUGGAGUGCAGUAAAAAUGGAUUGGGGCUGGCAUCUAAUUGACUGUUGUUGGGGAGCAGGCUCCAUCAAUGGCCCCCCAAAUCCGGGUUACAAUAAACGCCUAGCACCAGAACACUUUAUAAGCCCUCCCAACGUCUUCGGCAGACGUCAUUUUCCGGAGGAUUCAAGUUGGCAGUGCAGAGAAGACGGGAGGAUAAUAGACUGGGAGGAAUAUAUGACUCCCGACCAGGAAGAGCCCGAGCCACUGCGUUACUUACCCUUUGGGGAAGAAUUUGGGUUCUCGGAGAAGGCAGUACAACCUCCCGUCAAUAAUAUUGACGCCUUCGUCGGGAAGAAAACAGUGUUCUCCCUUGGCCUUCCAUGCGAACAUAUGUCUCGGAAAGAAGAAUGGGUGCUCUUCCUAGUCAUAGGCGAGUUCGACGAUGAGAACUGGAUGUUAAUGGACAGCGACGGGCGGGGGCGAUAUCAAAUUGAGGUCCAGCUGCCGAAUCAGCGAGGGCUCAAAGUCGGCUUGUACCAUGCUGUGACAUGGAAGGGGAAUGAUGCCAAAGGAUUGUCGGCGAAGGAGUGGCAGGCCGAGGUCGGAAAAGUGGCAUGGAGUUGGUGUCCUAUCAUUAUUUGGGGUGCCGAUAAAUAGUCCUAAACCGGGGAAACGAAUCUAUAGAUUGUUAGAGUCACGUCCCAACGGGUUCGAAUUCGUAAUUACUAUUACUGUCGGGUUUUAUUUUGUUUUUCCAAAUAAUAUGACCUGUGCCCGCGGGCUUUAGCUGUCGGUGGGGUUGAUGUGAGAGAGAUCAUUCCCGAUAAUUCGCUUUAUUAUAGUGCGGGGGCAUAGGAGUCAUGGUUCGCGGACAGGUGUUUCAAACAGCUUG